GUUUUCGGUGUUUGGAAGUUACCGAACUCGCUAAUCGCUUGGACAAUGGUUAUUGUCAAUACUAAUCAUUUUAUGCCUGCUUUUACUUAUAUUUACUUCAUCUCGUCCUUUUGCUCAUUGAUAUCUUUUGUUUACGUUGACAUUGAUUUCAAAACACUGAAAAUACUUUCUACUAUCAAGACUUUCAAUAUAUGUACUAAAUUGAGACAUGGGUGUCAUGUAUCUCAUCUAUGACAUAUGCCUACUAUCUUUGUAGAGCUGUGGUUGUGAGUCGAGUUCAAACACUGCUCCAUUUACCAACUUCAGAGAAGCUAAAUAACGCCAAACAGCAGUUGUGGGUGUAACAAAAUGCACAAUUUUGUUCAGUAACCUUUUUUAAUUUUUCAUAUAAGCAGACUUACUCGGAUCGAAAGGUUUUCCAAAUAACUGUUGUUUUACUGAAUAAUUAAACUGAGAUUCAGUCCCAUAGCUGACCUGGUGCUUACCUAGAUGAUUAAAUGAAUCCUUUACGUAUCAGUAACUUGAAUAUAACAGACUAAUUGUCUUUCAAUCUUUAUCCAGGUAUCAUGAUGUACUGUUAAGUUUAGAAAAGAGAAUCAAUACGUCAGAAGACAUAGGUAUUUCAUGGAACUGGAGUGAUAUAUGGCACAAAAAUUACUCGAAACACUAUUCCUUCAGUUUCGAGAGGAUGAAUAUCAUCUUUUGUUAUGCUGCUGUUCACUCAGCUUUGGCUAAAACUUACGAUUUAAACUGUGAGCAUACACUAGUGAAGGCUAUUUCUAGUUAUAAGGCAGGUCAUUAAAACUCAUGUAUUUGGUGUUUUGCAUUCAGAUAAAUGUUUUUUUCCAGCUCAUUGGUGUCCACUGCUUACUUACGCCUUUAGUGUCAGAAAUUAUUUCCCAAAUGUUCACAAAUGUAAGGUGGAUAAUUUAAUAUUUCCAGCAGGUAACAAGAUAAUCAAGCUAAGAGAGUAUACCGUAUGAAUAAAAUCUGUCUAACUGAAAUGAAUCUGUUUAGCAUUCGCCUUUUUGAUGAGUUUCUGUAGUAACUCAUGGAUAAAGCUUCAAUAGAAAGUGUAGAUUCAAGCAAUUAUCGCUUCAGUUUUUAGAGAAGUCACUGAAUUUCUGGGGAGUUUCGUAUCUCAGAGUUCUACAAUGCUAAAAUAACCAACUGUCAGACUUUUUGUUACCUGAACUUUUUACUGUGUUGUUUCGGUUGAAUAACCUGCAAACAUUCCUCGAUUAACGUAUAGUGUAUUAAGAUCGCUGCUGAGGCAUUCGAGUAUCUUGCCUCACAUGUGGAACAAUCUUUUAUGGACAUAAAUCCAGAGGUACUAACUAUUUUUAGUGAUGUCAUGAUAGCUCAAGCAAACGAGUGCAAUUUUCUUCGAGUUCGAAAUGAUGAACCUGAAUAUCGGCGUAUUGUCAAUCACAUCAAUAAAUUAUACAAAAAAUGUCUAGAUUCUUUCUCACAUAUUCCCAGUUGUUUACAAGAUGAGGAUGUUGUAAAAUCUGUGCCUGAGGACUGGUAUCGAGUCAUUAAGACUAAACAGAAAUAUUACAGUAUCCUGGUUAAUGGUCCUUUGGGUGAAGACAAAAGGAGAAAGAAUACUAAGGAAUCUGCCGGACUUAUAGCCUCUAGAUUUACGCGUAGUCUAUCAUCCCGUCGUUGGUCUGAAACCUUCUCUACCGUUUAUGAGAUAGAUACAAAUAGUGAAACACACCCAGCUCCUGUUCUAACCGGUGGUGGUAUUAUAGCAAGGGAAAUUUUACGUUUACCAUUACUGUCUCCUGAACCGGAAGAUAUUUUUGAAAUUUUGGUACCAUUUCCUGUUCUUGAAGCUCUGACUAUUGCAAAUGAAACCCGAAUGUCAAUUGUUAAUUCUGAGUUUGCUAAAUUGAAGAAUGCCGAUAUGAUUCUUGAAAGAGAAAUGAACCAACACAAUUUCCCACGUUCACUAAAAUUGGGUGUAUUUCAGUUGAUUUGCGAAAUUCUACUUAAAGAAUCUGCUAAAAUUCGACAUUCUGACGGGUUAGAUACUUUAAGGCAGAAAAUUAGCUCACUGAAACCAAAGGCUGAAGAACGAUUCAAAACUCUUGCUGAAAUAGAAGAGAUGUUACGUAAAGAGGAGAACAAUGAUAUCGCUUUUAGAACUGGCUAUACCAAUGUUUUGUUUCGCGAACCAUCAGAGAAGCUGAAUUCAGGUUUCCGUGAAAAAGUCGAUAAAAUACGUUUAUCUGUACAACUGGUAUCUGAAAAAGACUACGAUGUAAUAUCUCUGUUCAAACAACAUGAAGCAGCUUUUCAAAUACUGAACAUGUCUAGUAAUGAACUAUUAGUGUAUAUUCAAUCGAGUUUCGACGCUAAGGAGAUUGAAGCAAUCGAAGAAAUUGAAAAUAUUCGUAAGGAUUUAAUACGUAUCUGGGAACAACUUGAGGUAAAUAAGUGCCAACGUGUUGAUGUGAUGCAUAUGUGGGAUCUCGUUUGUCUACCGCCAAAUUUCAUUCAAACACUUAACAAAUGGUAUCGUACAGAUGGAGAAAUUGAUCAUAAUGCGGUGACUUCAAAAACAUUUCGUGAUAAAGUUGAUGCUGCUCGUAUAUGUGUUAAUGAGAAUCUAGAUGAACAAAGAAAUCUGUUAUCUCAACUACGCAUAAAAUGUGAGCCUUAUUUUAAUCAUAUUCUCAAGCAUCGACAACGUAAAGUUAUAGCAGAUUUACAAGAAGCCUGUAAAAUAUUUACAACAAUACGUAAUGAUGUAGAGAAAAGUUUACAUUGGCAUUCAGAGUUUGAAAGAUUUUGCAAUGAAGAGCUACAAACGGUCAACGAUUUCUGUCUUGCCCGAAGUGACGAAAUUAAUCAAAUUAUCUCUGAAAAUGAACAAUGGGUAUCGAUAUCCCAUGACUUGAAAUCAACAGACUAGAUCAGUUUUAAGAUCCUGACUGUAUUAUUGAUAAUGAUAUCAUUUUAAGUGUUUCAUUGAAAUAUUUCAUAGACUAUACAUUUUGAUAAAUUAACUGACAGUUCACUUAUACUAAUUUUAAAUUUGUUAACAACUACUUUCAGGAUUUAUGAUUUAUCAUUUACGUGCAUAUAUAAAUUACAUAUAUACUAUAAAAGUACUUCUAAUCGAUAAUUUCUGCAUAUACUUAUUCCUUUAAAUUUUCAUCGAUAAUCACUUUUAUUGCAUUUUAUUUGUUGUUGUUGUUGUUUACUUUUUAUUGUGUUAUAUGCAGCCUUUUCCUUCUUCUUCUUCUUCUUCUUCAAAAAAGAAAUACAAUCUUGUUGAUACAUUUAAAAGUCAUUUUGCUUAUGUUCGCUAAACUAAGUGGAUGUUUUUUCUUCUUCUAAAUUUACCUGUGAGUAGGAAAUAGUAGAUGAAAUCAGAAAGUAAGCGUUAUAUUCUAUGGAGUCUUUCAUCAUAUCAUCAUUUUAAAAAUAAUAAAUUCUGUUACUUCGACUUUUUUUUCUUUUUUUUAAUUUUUUUUUCUUAUUCUUGUGAAUAAUAAUAGAAUCACAUCAUUGACAUUUGUAUUGUGUGAAAAAUAUAUUUUAUUUUAAUGAGAAUGAAGAAAAUUAUAGAAUAGACUAUUUUAUGCAUAUAUUAUUUAUACUUUUUACACUAAUCAUUCUAAUUUUCAUCUUCUUUUAUUAUGAAACAUUUCUUCAUAUAAUUUGUAAUAACUGAACAACAUAACUUCCUUGUUAAAAAUUGGUUAAUUUUUUAUAUCUGUUCAUCAUACCUAUCAUAGUGUUGCUACGAUGAAUUAACAUACAACAAAAUUACAAGAGUCUAGUAAUUUAAC